GCGCUCUACCCGACCGUCUGCUUCCGGGGGCUCGUGCUGGCGGUCAACUGGGGCCCGGGGGGCCGGCUGCUGCGGCCGCCGCCGUUCCGGUGCCGCACGUUCGGGCAGGCCUCCGGCGACCUGCUGGAGCUCCGCGGCGGCGCCGCCGACGGGGGCCGCGCGGCCGCCAAGGGAGAAGGCUGCGAGGUGCUGGUGCCCGUGGGCCUGCCUGGCGGCGACUUCUUCGCCUUCGCCGACUUCUUGGCCGACAGGCACCCCCACCUCGUGGAGGUGAGUGGGCGCCGGGUCCGCCAGUGGUGCCUGCGCAGCGGCCUGGACCCCGCGCGCGGCGCCAGCCGCGACCGGCCAGGCGUGCCCUCCGAGGCCUGGCGGGAGCCUCUGCUCACGCGGGCGCAGCUUACCGGGCGCGGCGUGCUGCUGGUGGAGCUGAGGCAGGCUCUACUGCGAGAGGGUCGCGCAGAGCUCCUAGGCCUGCUGCCAGCUGCGGCUAAGAAGGUUUGA